AUGGUUACCUGUAAUUCCCUUUCCCUCUUCUAUGGCAGACAUCGUCUUCACCCUACAACGACGCGUUCCUCUUGUUACUCUUUUCCCUCCAAUGCUCUCCCAAGAAUUGAUGUAGCCAAAGUACUGCACAAAGGAUCAAGAAGAAUAGAGGGUCCUAAAAAAAGCAUGGAAGACUCUGUACAACGCAAGAUGGAGCAAUUUUACGAAGGAUCAGAUGGGCCUCCGCUUCGUGUUCUUCCUAUUGGUGGGUUGGGUGAAAUUGGAAUGAAUUGUAUGCUUGUGGGGAACUAUGAUCGUUAUAUCCUUAUUGACGCCGGAGUCAUGUUCCCAGACUAUGAUGAGCUUGGGGUCCAAAAGAUAAUACCUGACACAACAUUUAUUAAAAGAUGGAGCCACAAAAUUGAAGCAGUAGUUAUAACACACGGUCAUGAAGAUCAUAUUGGUGCAUUGCCUUGGGUCAUCCCAGUGUUGGAUUCUCAAACACCAAUUUUUGCAUCGUCGUUUACAAUGGAGCUUAUAAGAAAACGUUUGAAGGAUCAUGGUAUUUUUGUUCCAUCCCGACUAAAAGUAUUUAGAACAAGGGAGAAGUUUGUAGCUGGGCCAUUUGAGAUAGAGCCUAUCAGAGUGAGCCAUUCUAUUCCGGAUUGCUGUGGAUUAGUUCUUCGCUGUUCUGAUGGUACUAUUCUUCAUACUGGGGAUUGGAAGAUCGACGAAACACCAUUAGAUGGGAAAUUUUUCGACCGUGAAGCUCUAGAGGAACUCUCUAAAGAAGGAGUCACAUUGAUGAUGAGUGAUUCAACAAAUGUACAAUCACCUGGAAGGACAAUGAGCGAGUCUGUCGUUGCUGAUGCAUUAUUGAGGCAUAUUUCAGCUGCCAAAGGAAGGGUUAUAACAACCCAGUUUUCAUCUAAUAUUAAUCGUCUUGGAAGUGUGAAAGCUGCUGCUGAUUUGACUGGCAGAAAGUUGGUGUUUGCUGGCAUGUCUUUAAGGACAUAUUUGGAUGCAGCCUGGAAGGAUGGAAAGUCUCCAAUUGAUCCAUCCACUUUGGUGAAACAUAUUGAUGCUUAUGCGCCUAAGGAUUUGCUGAUCGUGACUACGGGUUCUCAAGCAGAACCGCGUGCUGCCUUAAAUCUUGCAUCUUACGGAAGUAGUCAUGCUUUCAAACUGACAAAGGAAGACACUCUGUUGUAUUCUGCUAAGAUUAUCCCUGGCAACGAGUCUCGUGUUAUGAAUAUGCUAAACCGAAUAUCAGAGAUUGGAUCAACAAUAGUCAUGGGGAAGAAGGAAUGUCUACACACAUCUGGUCAUGGGUAUCGAGGUGAAUUGGAGGAAGUGCUCAGAAUUGUGAAGCCACAACAUUUUCUUCCCAUACAUGGAGAACUCUUGUUCUUGAAGGAGCAUGAGUUACUUGGAAAAUCAACUGGCAUCCAACACACUGCUGUUAUUAAGAAUGGAGAGAUGCUUGGCGUUUCACAUUUGAGAAACAGAAAAGUCCUUUCUAAUGGAUUUAUUGCCCUUGGAAAAGAGAAUUUGCAGUUGAAGUAUAGUGACGGUGACAAAGCAUUUGGUUCAUCAAGCGAACUGUUCAUUGAUGAAAGAUUGAGAAUUGCAUUAGACGGCAUCGUUGUCGUUAGCAUGGAAGUAUGUCGCCCUCACAGUUUAGACAGUUCGGUUGAAAACACCUUAAAAGGAAAGAUAACAAUUACCACAAGAUGCCUAUGGCUUGACAAUGGGAAGCUGUUGGACACACUCCAUAAAGCUGCUCAUGCUGCUCUUUCAAGCUGCCCUGUUAACAGCCCACUGACUCACAUGGAAAAAACUGUAUCUGAGAUAUUAAGGAAAAUGGUGAGGAAGUAUAGUGGCAAAAGGCCUGAUGUUAUUGCAGUUGCUAUAGAAAAUCCUGCAGCUGUUCUUGCCACUGAGAUAAACACCAGGUUAUCUGGAAAGUCUCAUGUAGGUGAGAUAUCAACUUUCAGAAACGUGGUGCAUCGACACGAGAGAGAAAAUCAAUCCACCAAAAUGCAAAUGAAGGGGAUGAUUGAUGAUGAUAAUGACGUUGAAGGUCUUCUACCUAAGGAAGAUGCCACUACCUCAAAUAGAGCUGUGAGUAAUUUGUCUGAAACAGAGAAUGGUCCUGAAGAUGCUGAAACCAAAUCUGUGAAGAGAAAGAGAAACAAAUGGAAAAAGGAGGAAGUUAAGAAGUUGAUUGGUGUGCGCAGGGAAUUUGAGGACAUAUUUCAAUUAGUGAAGGGAAAUAAUGUCUUCUGGGAAGAAAUAUCCAAGAACUUGUUGGCUUAUGGUAUCAACAAAAAUCCUGGGCAGUGUAAAUCUAUGUGGAAAUCUCUGUUACAGAAAUAUGAGGAGAUUAAAAAUGAGAACAUAGAGGAAAGAUGGCUAUAUCUGGAAGACAUGGAAAGGGUUAUGUCUGAUAUCGAGGCACCAGCAAAAAUAUGA